GUUUUACGUCAGCACGCACAGUGUACGUAAUGAUAGCAAAUGAUUCUUUUCACUACAUACGCGUCAUUUUAAGAUUAGUAAUGGUAAAAACGUGUGUGAAGUACUUGAUGGAAGAAACGAAAAUCAAUUUCUUCGCAAAAUGAUUGACUGUUUCGAUCCCGAACCGCACGAAACACUGAGCGCUGGCGACGUCUGCAGGUCAAAACGGUGUAAACGCAGCGAAAUCUGCCCAAACAUAUCUUGAUCAUACUGCAGAUGUCCAGAUUCAUUCGUGGGGCGAUUCUCUAGAAGAGGCUUUUGAGCAGUGUGCAAUGGGAAUGUUUGGCUACAUGACGGAUACAGAAACUGUGGAACCCAUUGACACUCUAGAUGUAGAAUCAGAAGGAGAAGAUAUGGAGUCACUUCUUUUCCAUUUUUUGGAUGACUGGCUCUUUAAAUUUAGCGCUGAUAUCUUCUUCGUCCCAAGGGAAGUCAAAGUGCUGCACAUAGACCGAGUACAGUACAGAAUCCGCUCUAUAGGAUGGGGUGAAGAAUUCAACAUAAAUAAGCAUCCGCAGGGUACAGAAGUGAAAGCAAUUACCUACUCUGCUAUGCAGGUACAUGAUACAGAAAAGCCAGAGAUCUUCGUCAUCAUCGAUAUUUAAAUUCACAACUGAUUAAACACCUCUUUUUAACAGACAUGAUUUUUAAAGAUACUUCUAGUUGGAAUGGACAUGUGAGAGAUGUCAUUUCUGUAAACUGUGGAGUGUUAUAUGGGUGACGGGUAAAAUGCUAUAUAUUUUUGACUGAUUUUUGUGAUUAAUAAUGAUAUUAAAAAUACUUUCAUUUUGAGAUCUAGAAACUCACAUAUAACUCAAAAGAAUUAUUAUUGACCCAAAAUACUGUUUAGUUUUUUUUACUUAAACAUUACACAUAUUUCAGUCUCAUUAUAUCCUGUUAAUUUUAAUGUUACGGUGAAAGUAAACCUUUCCAGUGAUACUGUAAAACCUUCUGACAUCAGCAGCUACAAUGACUUUCAGUAAUUUGUCUUAAACUUAAGUAUAGUCAGUGUUUUUAAAUUUGACCUGUUAGUUUUAAAGCUGAAGUGUGUCAUUUCUGUUAGUCCAGAGCUAAUGAUGAUGAUGACUGAUAGUCCUGCCUGAAACUCAUGAAAUGGGUUGAGCUAGUGUUCAGUUAUUGCUAGAUAUUGUAAUCACUUUAGAGACAUCUUUAGUAGCUGUGAGUUUAGCUAAAUAUAUUUUAUUGUAAACAUUUCUUAUUAUACUAUUCUUGGUCCUUUUAAUAAAGGCUAAAAAGCCUGAAAUUGUCCUUUUUUAGGUUGUACUUCACAAUCGCUAGUGAAGGUUUUGGGACUGUAAGCUAAAUAAAUGGUUUAGAAUUGCAACAAAAAUCACACACUUCAACUUUAAUGGUUUUUUGUAUUUCGCUACCAAAUCUUGUUUACAUAAAGUCUAGUUGAGCAGCAUAACGACUUUAAAUAGAAGAAUAAAAGCCCACUCUGGUUGUAGUUGUUAGUGCUCAGCACAAGUAUAUGAAUUUCCAGUUUUUGAUGAGUCCAGAAACAUGAAGUCAUCUCUGCUUGUCACGGCAGUAUAACCAUAACAUAAGGCCUGUAGAACACAUGAAGAAAGUACACAAUAUAGACAGAGCCACAACCGAUGUUCUGGAGCUUAUAUUCCCAUCUGCAAUAAAAGACAGACAAGAGGAACAUGUCACUGACAAAUGACUCCAUAAUAUACAUUUCCAAACAUCUUACAGUCAACAUAAAACUGUAAAUAGAAAACAGAAUAUUCAGUAAUAUUUAACAUUCUCAGUGAAAAUUCAUUUUCUUUGAAAUAAUGUGCACUGAUGAAACAAAUUUUAAUUUCUUUCAAUGUAGGUGUGCAGUCUGUGUACGUGUCACCUGUUUUUAAGAUUUAGCCAAGAUGAAAUAAAGGCUUUUUAAAAUA